AUGGCACAGGGUCUUCCACUCCAUGUCCUGAUAACUUGUCUCUUACUAGUUCCCUCUUCGCAAAUCCAACAGCAAGAAUCCUUCACUUCAAUAGUCAUAUCCCAACAAGGUCUUGAUUUCCUCAAGAACUUACUCAUAACCAAAGCUAUCUCUUCAAUCAUCCCUCUCAAACUUCCCAACAUUGCUAAAACUGCUAAACUUCCUGUCUUGGGUAAUGUUCACAUUCUACUUUCCAACAUCACCAUCUACCAACUCCAAGUCAUGAAUUCUUAUGUCAAGCCUGGUGAUACUGGCCUUGCAAUUAUUGCUUCUGGGACCACUUGUAAUUUGAGUAUGGAUUGGUCUUAUGACUACAGUUCUUGGUUUUUGCCUGUGGAGAUUUCUGAUAAAGGUCAUGCUUCUGUUCAGGUUGAAGGCAUGGAAGUGGGACUUACAUUGGGCCUGAAGAACCAGGAGGGAACUCUGAAGCUCUCCCUUGUGGACUGUGGCUGUUAUGUUAAAGAUAUAUCAAUAAAAGUGGAUGGAGGAGCUUCUUGGCUCUAUCAAGGGAUGAUAGAUGCGUUUGAAGAGCAAAUAGAGUCUGCUGUGGAAAAUGCUAUUACCAAGAAUAUUGGAGAAGGGAUUUUAAAACUUGAUUCGUUGCUGCAAUCUCUUCCUAAAGAAAUUCCUGUAGAUGAUAAUGCUUCUAUAAAUGUAACUUUUGUGGAGAACCCUUCACUGACUAAUUCUUCUGUUGGGUUUGACAUCAAUGGGUUAUUCACAGCAAGGAAAAAGGUCCCAAUCCCCAGGUAUUACCAUACAAAUUUAGAACCUUCAGUUUUGUGCACUGAGCCAACUAAAAUGCUCGGAAUUUCUCUAGAUGAAGCUGUUUUCAACUCUGCUUCAGUGUUAUAUUAUGAUGCAAAAUUUAUGCAAUGGAUUGUGGAUAAAAUACCAGAUCAGGCUCUCCUAAACACCGCUGGAUGGAGAUUUAUUGUUCCUCAGUUGUACAAGAAAUACCCAAACGAUGACAUGAACAUGAAUAUCUCUUUAUCUUCUCCUCCUAUCUUAAGGAUUUCGGAACACAAUAUCGAUGCAACAAUUUACGCGGACUUGAUAAUCGAUGUAUUGGAAGCAGACCAAGUAAUAUCAGUUGCAUGCAUUUCACUGGUGAUUCGUGGAUCAGGUUCAGUUGGAAUUGCAGGCAACAACCUUGUUGGCAGCGUGAAAUUGAAUGACUUUUCCAUGUCUUUAAAGUGGAGCAGUAUUGGCAAUCUUCGGAUGUAUCUUAUUCAGCCACUGAUGUGGACAAUUAUCCAUACCGUGUUCUUGCCGUAUGCAAAUGCGCAUCUAGCAAAAGGUUUCCCCUUGCCCAUCAUUCAUGGUUUCACCGUUCAGAAUGCUGAAACUAUCUUCUCAAAAUCAGCAGUUACCGUUUGUGGCGACGUAGAAUUCAGAGAUUCGUAG